GAGCGUCGCAGCUGCGAACACUUUACGGGCCGUUUUAUUCUCGUUUUAUUCGAGAUUCAUUAGGACGACGUUAGCGUAGGGAUGCGGUGAAAUGUUAGCACGGAAUGAGAGAUUGGAGAGGAGGAAGACUCACACGAUACGCCUGUCACAAUUUGUCUUUGUUAAUGAUUUGGGACGUUUGUUGAAUUUCGUUGGUAGUUUUGUUGUCAAAAAAGAGAAUAAAAAAGGACUUUAUAGUGGCUAAAGGGUGUACAUAAUUUCAUAAAAAGAAAAACUAGUCUUCUUCCGUUAUUUGUUUUCUUAUGUGUCAGUUUCCUCGAGUUGUAUUUGGUGUUUGAAAAACUGUAGCCAUAUGGCGCUAAUACGGUGUUAGCAUGUGCAACUACUGUAGCAUUAGCUAGCACGGAAAAUGAUAUAUUCCCUGUUUUUUGUUGACAUAUUAAACCAAAAUUACAAGAAAAAAACAAAAGGCCGAAUAGUACACGGAGAGCAGUCUUACGAACAUACUGUAUGUUGGAUUUAGUUGGCAGUUUUAUUGUCAAAAAAGACUUGAUAAUGGCUAAAUUGUUAAAACAAUUUAGUAAAAAGAAAAAACAGCCUAUUUCCGGUGUUUCUUUUUGUGUGUCAGUUUCCCCGAGUCGUAUUUGGUAUUUGAAAAAACUGUAACCGUAUGGUGUCAAUACAUUGUUAUCAUGUGCAACUUUUGUUGGACAUAUGUUGGAUUUGGCGGUUUUGUUGUCAAAAAAGAGAAUAAAAAAGGACUUGCUAGAGGCUAAAGGGUGUACAUGUAGCCGUAUGGUGCUAAUACGUUCUUAGCAUGUGCAACUAUUGUAGCACUAGCUAGCAAGGAAGAUGAUAUGUUCCUUGGUUUUGUUGACACAUUGAACAAAAUUAGAGUAAAGAAACAAAUGGCCGAAUGGUACACGGAGAGCAGUCUUAAGAACAUAUGUUGGAUUUAGUUGGCAGUUUUGCUGUCAAAAAAGGGGAUAAAAAAAGGACUUGACAGUGGCUAAAUGGUGUACAUAAUUUCAUAAAAAGAAAAACUAGCCAAUUUCUGUUAUUUGUAUUUAUGUGUCAGUUUCCCUGAGUCGUAUUUGGUAUUUGAAAAACUGUAGCCGUAUGGUGCUAAUACAUUGUUAGCAUGUGCAACUAUUGUAGCACCAGCUAGCGCAAAAGAUGAUAUAUUCAAACGUGUUUUUUUUUUUUUUUUUGACGCAUAAAACAAAAUUACAAUAAAGAAACAAAUGGCCAAGAGGUACACGGAGAGCAGUUUUAAGAACAUAUGUGUGAUUUAGUUGGCAGUUUUGUUGUCAAAAAAGAGAAUAAAAAAGGUAUUAAUGGUGCCUGAAGUGUGUCCAUAAUUUCGCAAUCCAAAAAAACUAGCCUAAAGUUAAUUGUUUUCUAUGUGUCAAUAGAAAUAAGGAGAUUGAGUUCAGUUUGCAGAGUCAUAUUUGGUAUUUGGAAAACCGUAGCCUUAUGGUGCUAAUACGGUGUUAGCGUGUGAAACAAUUGUACGACUAGCUAAAGCGGAAGAUGAUAUAUUCAACCGGUUUUUUGUUUUUGUUUUUCUUGACGCAUAAAACAAAAUUAGAAUAAAGAAAGAAAUGGCCGAAAGAUAUUCUGCAUAAAACAAAAUUAGAAUAAAGAAAGAAAUGGCCGAAAGAUAUACUAUUGUUGGCAGUUUUGUUGUCAUAAAAGAGAAUAAAAUAGGACAUAAUGGUGGCUAAAGGGUGUCCAUAAUUUUGUGGAAAAAAAAACUAGCCUAUUUACAUUAAUUUCUUUUUAUGUGUCAACAAAAAACAGGAAAUGAAUUGUUUUCCGGUUUUGUGAUCCAUAUUUUGGAGGCAAAUUGAAAAAUUGUAGCCCCAUGAUGUUAAAUCUGUAUUAGAAUGUGCAACUUUGUAGCACUAGCUGGCACGGAAGGUGAUAUAAUCCCUGAUUUUUGUUGACACACAUUAAAGAAAGUUAGAAGAAAGAAACGAAUGGCUAAAAGGUACACAGAGCGCAGUUUUAUGAAUAUGUGUUGGAUUUAGUUUGUAGCUAAGUUGUCCAAGAGAAUAAACUUGGAGUUGAUAGCAGUUGAAGUCUAGUGUAUUAAUGUUUAAAACAGUUCAGUCCAUAAUUUCCUAAAAAGAAAAACUAGCCUAUUUACGUUAUUUGUAUUUAAGUCUCAACAAAAAAAACGGGAAAUUAAUUCUUUAUCUUCCCAAAUCAUAUAUUGUAAUUGACAAACUGUAGCCCCAUGUUGCUAAUACUAAAUCAGCAUGUGCUAGCUAGCAGCAGGGUUCGUCAGAUUAGCAUCAGAGGAAGACGUUUUUCCUGGGUGACAAACAAAUAAUGGUUGUUAUUUUCUGACUCAUAAAGGAACAUUGGAUAAAGGGUAGUUUUUCAAUGACCAAUAAUGAAUCAGGAAACAGAAGACGAUUUAUUCCGUUUUUGUUGACGCACAUAAAACAAAAUUAGAUGACAGAAACGAAAGAAUGGCCGAAAGGUACAAAGAGAGAGUCUUAAGACCAUAUUUUGAGUUGGUCUUAUCUUGAUCUGGACUCCCAAAAAUGUUGAUCUGGCCAGUGGGACAUGGCCAUUCGCUGUACGCUGGUCAACUGCACAUGUGAGUGCUUCCAGCCGGGCAAGAUUCACCUGCGCACGUGUGACCAGUGCAAACAUGGCUGGGUAGCUCAUGCCCUGGACAAGCUGAGCACGCAGCACCUGUACCACCCGACGCAGGUGGAGAUCGUACAGUCCAACGUGGUGUUCGACAUCAGCAGCCUGAUGCUGUACGGCACGCAGGCGGUGCCGGUGCGGCUCAAGAUCCUUCUGGACCGCCUCUUCUCCGUGCUCAAGCAGGAGGAGGUGCUGCACAUCCUGCACGGCCUGGGAUGGACCCUGCGGGACUACGUGCGUGGAUACAUAUUGCAGGACGCUGCCGGCAAGGUGCUGGACCGCUGGACCAUCAUGUCCCGAGAAGAAGAGAUCAUCACCCUGCAGCAGUUCUUGCGCUUCGGGGAGACCAAAUCCAUCGUGGAAUUGAUGGCUAUUCAGGAGAAGGAAGGUCAGGCAGUCACCGUUCCUUCCGCCAAGACCGAUUCCGGCAUAAGGACGUUCAUUGAGAGCAACAACAGGACGCGCAGCCCGGGACUACUUACGCAUUUAGAAAAUAGCAGCCCAUCUAGUAUCCAUCAUUUUGAGAAUAUUCCCAACAGUUUAGCUUUCCUUCUCCCAUUCCAGUACAUCAACCCUGUGUCUGCCCCCAUGUUAGGCUUGCCACCCAACGGACUGCCGAUGGAACAAUCCGCUCUCCGACUUCGGGAGCCCAGCUUGCCCAAUCAAGUGGAACAGGUGGAGACGAGCGAGUCCGACGUCUCCCUUUCGCCUUUCCGUACCGGCCAGAGUCCGAGCCGCGGGGUGCUCGGCGCCAUGAACAACAACACUGAACCCAAAACCGAGCCUAGCAACAGGGCGUCCCCGAUCUCGCCGUCUCCGUCCCUCCAUCAAGCUCAACAGCAGCAGAGCCAGCAGCAACAGCAGCAAGGUCAACAGCAGUCCCAAACUCAGUCUCAGCAACCCAAUACGCUGAGCGACCACCAGGUUCACCACCACUUCGUCAAAGAAGAGCAAUCCAAGUCCAUAACUCACACUUCGUUUUCCUCCAAAAUGCAUCGCAUGCGCCGCAUGGGCUCCACUUCCCGCAAAGGCCGCGUGUGCUGCAACUCUUGCGGCAAGACCUUCUACGACAAAGGCACGCUUAAGAUACACUACAACGCGGUGCACUUGAAGAUUAAGCACCGCUGCACUAUCGAGGGCUGCAACAUGGUCUUCAGUUCCCUACGCAGCCGCAACCGUCACAGCGCCAACCCAAAUCCGCGGCUGCACAUGCCCAUGCUGCGCAAUAACCGUGAUAAGGACCUCAUCCGGGCCAACUCCAACUCUGGUACGCCCGUCAUCUCAAGUACCAAAAAUGGUGGCUUCACACUUACCAGUCCCGGCAGGCCGCCGCUGGGCUUUACCACUCCACCGAUAGACCCCAUGCUUCAGUCCCCGCUGCAAAGCCCGCUGGUGUUCCCCUCUCUCAAAUCAGUGCAGCCAGUGCAACCUGUGCCUCCGUUCUAUCGUACGCUACUGUCCCCGGCAGACUUAGUGAGUCCACCUGUCUCGCUACCCACGAGCCCCAUUUUGCCCACCACCACCAACAGCACCUCACUGAUGGACCAGCAACAACAGAUGCUGGCCGCGGCUGUGGCUUCGCACAAUAACAUCCACAUGUCCGAGAUGGGAGCCGUGUCUCAUGGCAUCAACGUAUCCGGCGGCCAUCAAGAGGCCACGACGGGCCCCGCCGACCCCGCUCCCAAGAAAAAGCCUCGUAAAUCCAGCAUGCCCGUGAAGAUCGAGAAGGAAGUGAUCGACGUUGCGGACGACUAUGAAGACAAAGACGAGGACGACGACGAUCACAUCAACCACAAUCACCACCAUCACCAUUCGUCGCUUCUUCACAACACGCACAUCAAAAUGAACGGAAACUACAACAGCAACAACAACGGCGUGACAGGGAACCACAGCGGCGGGAGUGGACAGCAGUCCCCUUCCCAAGAUGAGAUGAGUCCCGGCAUUAAUCUGCGCGGCAUGAUGAGACAAAGUGAAGACGAAUGCCGGGAGGGAGGGGGUAGCGACAGCAGAAGCGAGCUCCGAGGCUCCAACGAGCUACGCUGCAUGGACAGCUACACCUCCGAGGACCAAGACCACGAAAGAGACUUUGAGAACGAGUCGGAAACCUCGGACUCCAAGAUGUAUUACAGAGACGAGAUGAUGGAUGUGGAGGAACAGCAGAAACACUCCAAAAAUGGCAAAGAUCACAACGAUGACGGCCGAGAAGAAGGCCAUCUGAGGAAAGAAAUGGAAGGCAAGGGUCAACUAUCGCCAUCCCCUCACCAGGCAUCUAUCAAGAUCAAGGAAGAACUCAACGACCCCACUUACGACAUGUUCUGCAUGAGCCAGUACGGCCUCUACAAUGGAGGCAUGGCGGCUGCCGCCGCCGCCGCAGCCAGCAUGGCCGCCCUACACGAGAGCUUCAUCUCCUCCAUGGGUUACGGCGCCAGCCCGCCCAAGUUUCCCACUUCCCACUCACCCGACGGGGACCCGUGCUCGAGUCCGGAUCCCAAGAUCUGCUACGUGUGCAAGAAGAGCUUCAAAAGCUCCUACAGCAUGAAACUGCACUACAAGAACGUACACCUCAAAGAGAUGCACGUGUGUACGGUGGCUGGCUGCAACGCCGCGUUCCCUUCCCGGCGGAGUCGAGACAGGCACAGCUCCAACAUUAACCUGCACCGCAAACUGCUGACCAAAGAGCUGGACGACAUCGUCCUGGACCCCCAACUGACGCCUCUGCCCAAGGAUUUCCGAGCUGAGCUCCUGGCCAAGAUCUACGCCGGGCACCACCACCACAUGUCUCUGGACCCGAUGGGCAGGAUGGCUUUCCGAGGCCCGCCCGGCGCCCGUUCCCCCCCGGGCAACGAGUACCCCGAACACCCCCUCCACCAAGACCUGCACCACCACCGCGGCUUCUCCCGAGGACGGCCGGACGACUACGUUGUGCUAGACUUGAGCGCCGCGUCCGGCCUCCAGUCGGGCGGCAGCGUCCACUCCUCGCACGAGUCCGACGAGGGCAGCGACGAAGGCGUCCUAUUGGACGACCUGGGGGAGGAGGAGGACGAGGAGGGCGCGGAGGAGGACGACGAAAAGACAGAAGGCGACGCUCGCUCGGAAUCGCCGUUCCGCCUCCCGUCCGAUAACGACGCCGGCGGGGGGAUCGUGUGCAACAUCUGCCGCAAAGUGUACAGCAACAAGGGCACGUUGCGCGUGCACUACAAGACGGUGCACCUGCGCGAGAUGCACAAGUGCAAGGUGCCCGGCUGCAACAUGGUGUUCAGCUCGGUGCGCAGCCGGAACAGACACUCGCAGAACCCCAACCUGCACAAAAACAUGCCCUUCGCCACUCUCAUAGACUGACCUCCGAAUUCCUCCUCCUCCUCCGGGACCAUCCCGAAACUUUCGGAAAGAGCAAACUCGAGCGAGGACUUUUUCGGGUUUGUUUUCUUCAGUUUGAUUUUCAUAAACUACCCCCCUACUUUUAUCUCCAAAGAAUCUAUGGAACUUAUUUGUGACGUUGCCUGCAGACAAGAUAGUAUUGAAGAAAAAAACAAAAAAACAAAAAAAUGUUGUAUUUGUGUAAUGAUAGCUUUUAAAUGACCCCUCCCCUUAAAAUGGAGAAAAAAGCAUGACAGCUUAAUUUGUAAAUAAUGUCCCGGAGAGGCUUUUUGGUGUAAAAGACUUGUGUUGAUGGUCGUUUGUUUCUUUCUCUCUUUUUUUUUUUUUUCGCUUCUCUCGCUUAUGGUUUUAUGUUACAGCUCAGUACAAUACUUCCAGCUAUAGGCAAGACAGAGGUAGCAUCUUAACUAUCUUGAGUCAUUUUAUCACGUAAAGGGGGGAAAUGUAGAAAAAAACAAAACAAAAAAUCCACAAAAAAAAAAAAGAAUAUCAUGUGAAUUACUUUGUUAAAUAUUCAGAGGUGGCCGGCAUGCUAUUUGAGGCUCCUACACUGAUAUCAUUCUGUUUUCAACUGAUUUUCAUUCUCCCCCUCUUAUGUUUAUGAGCUUUAUAAGUAUACAAUUCAGUUUUUUGCACUUUGCAUCUAUACGAGGGGAUGUGUAAUAUUAGUAGAAGUGAGGACAUUUUUUUUCCGCAAUGGUGAGUGAAGAAACGUGUUGUUUGGCGCCAGUUUUCUCUUUUGCACGUGGCCAAAUGUCAAAAAAAAAAAAAAAAAAAAUCCCCAACAAUCACAUGCGGUCACUUAAGCAGGGCACACACAUACGCUGUAAAAUAAAAUGUUGGCGGAACUUGAAAUUUCAAGUCAAACAAUUUUGCUUGAAUUUUUACUGUUUUGAGGUUUAAAAAAAAAGUUAUUGGUUUAAUUUGCUCCAAGCGGCAAGCAAACGUGAGCCACAUUAACAUCACAAAUGUAAAUACAGGUAGUCCCCGGGUUACGAACGAGUUCUGUGACUACGCUGGCGACGUAACGCGAAUUUCUGCGUAAGUCGGACUUGACCCUUUAAGUACCCCUAAUUACCCACUCGCAAAAUAACUAUCCAAAACAUGUAUUAUACGUCAUACUAAUUAAACAAAGUGAAAAAAUUUGAUAUUACUUCCCCAUAGUAACACAGAUCGCACCAUAGUUCCUCUUAAAACUGACAUUUAUUAAUUUGUCACCGUCAAACUAUGAACACACAAUUAGAAAAUUAAAUACAAUAAUGGCAAAGAGCGUACAAUAAUGCUUUAAAGUAGGUCUGUCAAACGAUUAAAAUUUUUAAUCGAGUUAAUCACGGCUUAAGAAUUAAUUGUAAUUAAUCGCAAUUCAAACCAUCUAUAAAAUAUGCCAUAUUUUUUUGUAAAUUAUUGUUGGAAUGGAAAGAUAAGACACAAGACGGAUAUAUACAUUCAACAUACUGUACAUAAGUACUGCAUUUGUUUAUCAUAACAAUAAAUCAACAAGAUGGCAUUAACAUUAUUAACAUUCUUUUAAAGCGAUCCAUGGAUAGAAAGACUUGUAGUUCUUAAAAGAUACUUGUUAGUACAAGUUACAGAAAUUUUAUAUUAAAACCCCUCUUAAUGUUUUCGUUUUAAGAAAAUUUGUAAAAUUUUCAAACAAAAAAUAAACUAGUAGCUCGCCAUUGUUGAUGUCAAUAAUUACAAAAUGCUCAUGGUGCUGAAACCCAUAAAAUCAGUCGCACCCAAGCACCAGCAGAGGGCGACAAAACACCAAAAAACCCAAGUAACAAAUAGACAUGACACUGUGCUGUCAUUUUAAUCUGUUUGAGCGGGGCAUGUGCGUUGAAUGCGUCAAAUAUUUUAACGUGAUUAAGUUUUAAAAAUUAAUUACCGCCCGUUAACGCAAUAAUUUUGACAGCCCUACUUUAAAGUAAAACAAUAGAGGCAUAUUUGCUUCUAAAAACAUACCUCGAUGGCUGCACCUUAAUACCGAGCCAAAUAAUGUCAAAAUCUUGGGCAAUUCAACAAGGAAAACGGAAGCUAUUAGUGGCACAGGUCCAGCGGUGAAAACAAACGCCGCUCAAUAAGCUAGCGGGCUAAUAGCGAGCUAACAGGGGAGGGCAUGGCCGAGCCUGUGCUGUUUACCGUUUCUGUGCCUUCUUGAAAUGUUAACUGGCGUUCAUCCCUGCUUACCAACGUGAAAGCAACGCUCGAAACUAACAGAAAAUAGCUAUGGCGUGACGUCAAACAAGUCCGGGUCCAACAAAGGAAAGCAAACAACACAUACACUGUAGUGUAAUGGAAUACCAGAUAUGCAUAGCAAUUACUGUAUAGUUCAACCAUUUAGAUUAAUUACACUUAAUAAAUAAAAUAAAUGACAAAUAAUAUACUGUACUUACCAUGAAUUAUGGCUGCAGCUAUCGAUUAUUUCAGUAGUCGGUUAAUUGAUGAAUUAGUUAGUGCGAAUAAUCGAAUAAUCUGAUAAGGAACAUAAAAAAAAAUCUACCUGAGCUGAGCCUCAAACGAUAUAAUAAAAAAAAAAGCAAUAAUAAAUGAGGAUGUAAGUACAACAAAAGAACAAUUGGUUAACUUACAUAGCAAAAGUAUGCUAGCUUAAAUUCUAUAACUUUUUUUUUUUUUUUUUUGCAAUGCUCAACAAAUGACCAACAAAUGGUUCAAACACAUAUUCCCACAAAAAACGGCUGAAUGUACAUCUACACAAAAUUACGAAUGCAAAAAAACAUUAGCUCAAACAACAACUAAGCUAAUCAGCCAUGUGAAAUGAAUUAUAUCAAAUUCCCUAUUGUCAUUAGAGGGCAGUGUAUCCACCCAGAUCAAUACAACUAAAUGCAAACACUUUCAAAACAAACCAUUACAACGCCACGUUAAUUAAACGAAUACUCGAAGCAGCAAAAUUUAAUCCGGAUCGUUUUUCUAAACGGAAUACUCAAGUUAAUCGAUUAAUAUUUGCAGUACUUUUAUCAAUGCUGAGAGUUGGGAGACAAGACACUGUUAAGCGACUAAAAAUAAACUGACUGAAGAAAAAACAGCGGACAAGGCGCGCAAGUCGAAAUCACGUAAAUCGGGUACGUCGUAACCCGGGGAUACCUGUAUAGCCCACAAACAAGGGCGGAACUUAGGGAGAUGCUGGGGGUUUGACACCAACUGGACCUCUAGGGCUGCAUUCAGACUGCAAGUAUAUCUGAUUGCAAUCCGAUUUCUCCUCAAAUCUGAUUUUUAGGGCUGACUGUUCACACUAUUUUUAGCAAGUAUCCAAAUCAGAUCAGGACCUGGUCAGGCCGGAUCACAUUAUUGACAAACCUAAAAAGGUUGCUGCAGCAAAGAAGGCGUCAUCCAACGUAGAGUGACGUUAUGAAAAGUUAAAUGCCAUCUGACCUGUUCAGACUGAGAAGGAUCUUGUCUGAUAUGAAACUACCUCCCAUAUGUAGUUUCAAUCCAUUUUGCAAAAAUCUGCGCUUUGGGACUGUUUCGACUACAAAAGAACCAGCCAGUUUCAAUCUGGAUGGUCUUAAAAUCGGAUUUUGGCUGCCAAUCUGUACAAGGUUUAAGGGGCCUGGUUGGCAGGUGUAAAGUGGGCGUGGUUGGUUGAAAUACAUAUCGCGGAAAACACUCAAAUGACUUGAAGUUCCGCUCGGAGACCCCCAAUUUAGCCAACUUUCAAAAUUGUCCGAUAUGCAUGUGCUAUACAUCAUAGGAAAGCUUAAAAUCUCAAUUUUCUGGGGGAGAAAAAUUUUGAGCAGGAGGGCAUUUUUAAAAAUAUAUUUUUUUAAACAGCAAAACCCUACCUAGAGGUGAGAGCACGAAAGAACAGAAUUACAGACGCCAUGACUUUAACGAGAUAUUAUCGCGUACUGACCUUGUUUCAAUCCAAAAACUCCAUGUAUCACUGAGUGUCAAGACACAGCUGUGAAUGGCCACAGCUGGAUUUUAUGGGUGAAACAUGGUAAUACAACAAGGGUUGCGAUGCAGAAACUGCAGACAUCAAGGAGUGGCCAGGAUUUUAUUUUUCAUAUAUUUACCCUUUUGAACGAUUUCUUUUUUUUUUGUUUGGAUCAAUUAUUUAUCUUCUAUGAUAUCGGAGAAAAUGCAACAGUAAGAAAAAAAAAUACAAUUAAGUGAUCGUUAUGAGGUAGAUGUCCGUGACUUUUUUACAGACGCCAUUUUUUUCACUGCGACAUAAUUUGUUUAAAAGUUUAAAAGUUUUUUUUUUUUUUUUUUUAAACGAAAUAUGAGACAUCAAUGAAUUAUUUUAAGCUAAAAACGACAGACAUUUUGAAUAAUAAUCAUAAUUACCUUUAUUUUAUGGCUGGGUUGAAACAAAAUCGGUUGCGCGACGUCUGUAAACGGGGGUUUUCAGGGUAAAACGGAUAAAUUAAAAAUGGUUCGGGGGCUUAAUGUGCCAUGAAUCUGCUAUCGCAGCAUAUAGACAUCUUGUGUUAUCAAACACAACAGUUGUUUUAGCUUAAAAUACAGCAGUUACUUUUAAAGAGGAGUGCAAGAGCAGAAACUGCUUUUUUAGUCUUGUCUGGGUUUUCUGCCAUAUCCUUCCAAUUUGAUAAUCCCUUCAUUCGUUCUUGAGUUAUUUUGAACACAAAUGGAACUGACAGGGGCGGAACUUAGGGGGUGUGACCGCACCUGGGCCAUGCUUGCGGGUGUAAAAUGGGCGUGGUUGGGCGAGGGAAGGGUCAAACAGAAAGAUAAGCUGAUGCGUGAACCUGUAAUGUAGUAUUUAAAUGUUAAAAUAUCUCUGCCAGCCGCUUGUUUGGAGGGGCCCUCAAAAGAAAUUCCAAAUGCAACACACACACACUGGACGAUUAUUUUGAGGGGCCUGUGAAAGUGUGUCAGGGCCCGCGACUAAUUCUCCGCUAGCACCACCCCUAGUCGGGGGGUCCCGUUUAUGCUCAUCGCACCGGGGCCCUGUUGACAUUUGUUCAGCCACUGCCCACAAACAUACCACUUAAUGCAAUUCAGAUCAACUCCUUUAAUCAAGUUCACAAUAUCAACUUGAUAAAAUGAGUCAUGAAUGCAAUUCAAGUGAGAGUUUAAGAAUUUGAGUUAAUAGUGUGCCAUAUAGUUUUACACAGUACCAUGAGUACUCGUAUGUGUGUACCCCGCUUUAGCCACAAAAACAAAAAGGAGGGCUAAAUGAGUAACAAGUCAAACAAUAAGCGUCCUCACCUCAUGAUAUCGUGACAAAAAAAUAGUCCUUCCACUGUGACCAAACAAACACGAAAAGCUCUUUCGGUAUCAAUGUACUUAAAACCCCAGUUGAUCCAUAUGAUGCACUUGAGUCUUAAAAAACAUUUUGCUGUGACAUUUCCAGCUGAAAAUCUGUCUUAUGGUACAAACACAUCCAGUGGUCCAAGUAGCCGAGGGAACGGGGUAUUUAUUGGUGGGUAGACGUGUUAAAUAAGUCCAGUAAUUUUUUUUUUGUUUUUGUUUGGAAAAAAAAAAAACAGCUUUCUUCCUCUUUGUUUUUUUCUGAGCAAUGACGUGUUACUAUACAAUAUUUUUUUUGUCUUACUUGACUUGGUGCUACACAGAAGGACGAAUUAUGCAGUGUUACGUGCUGAUAUAUGUACAGUAUUUACAUCGCCUCCUACCCAUUUGUUUCUUGGUAAAAGACUGAUGCCCCACCCCAAAAAAUAUUGAUUCAAUUAAAAGCGUAAGUGUGUACUGUAUUCGCAACAUGUAGAAUAACAAUAGAAACCGAAUGAACAGCGUCUCUUGUGGUUGAACGCAGGUAACGCGCUUCAUUUUAAGUUCAAUUAACAGAACAAAAAUACCAGUUGUUAUAAAUAGAGUUGUCCGAUAAUUACUUUUUAAUCGAUAUCGCGAUAUUGUCCAGCUCCAAAAAUCCGAUACCAAUAUAUGUGGUUGUGGACUUAACAUAUUAUGACUUAUUGUGAUGCCCCACUGUAUGCUUUAACAAUGGUAAUGUUCACAUAACAAAUCCCAAUAAUCUUACUGUGGAGAUAUCUAAUGGUCAAUUAGCAUAACUGCUGUGCUAAGCUGUGACCAGCCCUUGUACAAAGGCACUUUGAAAGCAAAAUGCAUAGUAGCCCAAAACCGCUAAUGAAUAACCGAUGUCAAUAUUAUCUGAUAUCAUUUUAAAAUACUUUUAUCGGAUGAUACUAUCAGCUACCCGAUAAUAUCGGCUAACUCUAGUUAUAACUAUUCUGAGAAAACAGCCAUUAAAAAAGCUAUUGAACUUUGUGUUAGCUUAAACGAGCUAACACAGUCGUACUAAAUUACCACUGUGGGGAAAAAAAUAUUUGCCCGUUUUCACAAGUUUAGAGAAAGUUUGAAAAUUCCGAACUAGCUAAACGCUAGCCUUAUGCGUUUGGAAAAACAUAGUUGUAUGAUUCAUCAGUCGUACUAAAUUACCACUGUGGGGAAAAAAAUAUUCGUCCGUUUUCACAAGUUUAGAGAAAGUCUGAAAAUUCCGAACUGGCUAACCGCUAGCCUUAUCCGUUUGGAAAAACAUAGUUGUAUGAUUCAUCAGUCGUACUAAAUUACCACUGUGGGGAAAAAAAUAUUCGCCCGUUUUCACAAGUUUAGAGAAAGUUUGAAAAUUCCGAACUGGCUAACCGCUAGCCUUAUCCAUUUGGAAAAACAUAGUUGUAUGAUUCAUCAGUCGUACUAAAUUACCACUGUGGGGAAAAAAAUAUUCGCCCGUUUUCACAAGUUUAGAGAAAGUUUGAAAAUUCCGAACUAGCUAACUGCUAGCCUUAUCCAUUUGGAAAAAACGUAGUUGUACGAUUCAUACCGUGUCGAAUUGAACUGAACUGCGUUUAGUGUACACAUGGCGGCAGACGAUAUCAUCGGCUACCCGAUCAUUUCGGCUAACUCUAUUUAUAACUAUUCUGAGAAAACAGGCAUUAAAAAAAGCUAUCGGACUUUUUAGCUUAAACGAGCUAACACAGUCUUACUAAAUUACCACUGUGUGGAAAAAAACAUUCGUCCGUUUUCACAAAUUUACUGAAAGUCUAAAAAUUACGAACUAGCUAACCGCUAGCCUUAGCCAUUUGAAAAACAUAGUAGUUGUACGAUUCAUAGCGUGGCAAAUUUAACUGAACAGCGUAUAGUGUACACGUGGCCGAAAAUCGCUCUUUUAGUUCAGUUAUUUAGUCAGGAAAUGCAAAAAGUCGAACGGAGGACUGUUCAUCACUGCUUUUACGUCAUUCGGCGUUAUCAUGUAGCUUACGCGGGACUAAACAUUCAAGUCGGCUUGUAUAGAUGCUUUAUUCUUUAUCCUUUCAACCUGUUUUAAUUUGAACUGGAACCUGUGAAAUGUCAACAGUCUUAAAAAAAAAUAAUAAAAAUGUUGUAAAUUCAUAUUGCUGAUGUUUUGUGCCAAUCAUACUUUAGCGUUUUUUUAGGUAGUACACUUAAGGACCUGCAUAUACGUCUUAAAAAGGCCCGAGUCACAGCGACGUGGCAACGCAAAGCAGGAUGGAUUGUAUGUGCUUUGCUGGGAGAGAAAAAAGUAAAAAUUGUGAUUUCAGAAGCUACGUCAACACUGCAAAAGUAACCUAAAAAGGUGUUUCUUGUUUGCAGACAAGAGGGGAAAAUGCGGUCCUUUUUCGUUCCCAAAAAUGAAUUUUUUGCUCUUUUGUUUUUGUUUUUUUUUCUGUAUCAUACAUGUCCAUAUUUGUCUUUUUUUUUUUUUUGGUUCGGUUUUUUUUGGGCAUAAAAUGCAUAAGGGUUUUGGGAUGUAAAUGGAAUUUUAUUCAUAUUUUGUCCAAAUACCUCUUGUAAUUUGUAUCAGAAUUCUUGUACAAUUUUUAUAUUAAAGAUUUAUC